AUGCGGCUGGUGCCGACGAUCCCCCUCAUGUCCGAUUGGACGAAGGUCGGGCCGGCUAUCGACUGGUUCCUUUCUGCCGAUUUUGCUGGCACGUUGUCUCGACUAGUGAAAGAUGCAAGACUCCUGGAUCGCGCUCCCAAGCCGGCAGCAGACGCCGAAGAUGAACUUCACGAGAAGAUCGACUGGGCUCGCUUGGCAGGACGCCGGCUAGUGCGUACGCAGAAGAUGUUGGAGUCUGCAGAAGAGCGCCUGCGUCGGGCAAUCCUGGCCGUCUCGAUCGAGCCAUUGAGACAUGUGCACAGCACUUUUUUGAAAUUCGCUCACGCUGCAGCGGACUCGGAAUCUUGGCCGGUUUUGCUCAACGAAGUCUGGACGCCGACCAGCAAGAUCUGUUCCGUGUUGCAGUACCUGUCAACACUGUUGGCUGGCCAGGGCUCAAGGUUGGCGUUGGUGUCGCAGGAAUCAGGUGAGAUCAGCUUGCAGGGCUGGAUCAGAUCAAGGCCCCAAGAGGCCAAGGCAGCCCGCCAGCAGUUCUUGUUGGUUGCAGUGGGUCUCCAUCGACGCUAUGAAGCAAACAUUCUGCGGUAUCCUUUCAAGUUGUUUGGAGUCGCCGAUGCACGACGAACUGCAGAGCACACCUCCCUGUGCAAGGACUUCUUCAAGACUUCUCCGUGCUGCCUACCGCCUGGGCUGGCAAGGGAGCUGCGACAGCAAGAGACAGAAAAGUCAUUUAUCGACGAGCUUCCAGUUUGGCGCUGGCUGUUCUUGUUGUCCAGCCUCAUCAUCAAGCUCACGAUCGCGGGGGUGGAACGACGUCAUGCAGUACACAAGCGGUCCGCGAACCCCACAAUGCCAUUUUAUUUAUUCUCUGCUGAUUCCAUCCUGGCUGAGGCAAGACACCAAAUGAUGGCCCUGGAUCGCCUGGUAUCGGAACGCAAAGCCCGGGCGGAGGCAGCUGCAAGGUCGUCAAUGUCCCUCAACUCUGAACUACCUGUGGCUAAGGCCGGCAGGAAGCGUGCAAGAUCGGCGCCAGCCUCAACUGGGGUCAGUCGUGGUCCUGGUGUUCUUGACAGCCAACCCAAGAGAGCCAAAACUCAGAGUCCUUUCGAGCUCUUUCGUAAGAUUUGGCUACGAAAUCAAGGAGAGAUCCAUUCAGGACCGUUCAACCCUGCCAGCAAAGAGGCUUGGGCAGCUUGCAAAUCUGCCUUUGAGGCGUUGCCCUUGCAUCAGCUUGAAAACCUCAAGCGACAGUCUGAAGCUACACGCGUGGCAGCACACUCCUCCCGUGUGGCAUCGAAGAAGCGAGUGGAUGCCCCGGCAGUCGAAGGAGCGAGCUCUGUUACAAACAGAGACGGAGAAGCACCCGAAAGCAAUCCCAAUGCAGUGCUGCAAGAUACAAAAGCAGCCACAGCGGUCCAGCGUCAGCAGGCCACGCAACGGCCGCCUUUGCCGAACAGCAUUGCUUGCCAAAGCUUGAACUCCGCAUUCCUUGAGCAGGCUACCCGCAAACCUCAGGAAGCCUUGGAUCAAAGCCGCUAUCCAAUUCCAGCAGCAGCCGUCAAAGAGCGAAUGUCGCAGAAAGGUUACUCAAAGAACAGAGAUGCCGAGAACUUUCGUCUUCUCGCGCAGCAACUUGCAUCAGGGCCAGGGGUACCUGACAGUGUUGUCUAUCCUAUGCACUGCGGAAAGCUUUGUCGCAACAGCGGAGUCCACACGGAUCGCGUGAUUGACUUUCAUGGAAGAGUCGUAUCUGCUUUGCAGUCUGUUGUUAAGGACAUAUGUGGGGGUGCGAAAGAGGUCCCCAACGCAGGGAUCUUGUUUGCAGCUGAGCAAUUCCUCGACCCUGCAUCUCCCAGUCCUGAUGCUGUCACGCUGGUAUGCUUGACGGAGGAUGCCUUUGCUGCUGCCAUGUGUUAUGUCGACCUGCGCCCCGUGGAGAUGUUGCGUGUGACACUCCUGGAUUGGGAGUUUGAAGCAUCCUUUGCACGCUUGGACACAUACCGAAUUGUCAAGACUGGGACACAGAUAAGUGUCGAAGCUGCACCAGAGGCACCAGCAGAUGAUGUUGUGCAGCCAGCUCCGGCCGCGGCAGCUGCCGUGGGUGAGGCUGUGUUCGUGGACUUGCUGGCCGAUAUGGAGGCCAAUCGUCGGCACCAAGGAUCUCAGCACUCUCGGAAAAAACGGCAGCGGGUGGUGCAGGCUGUCUUGCACGACGAGUUCGAUCCUCUUGCCUUGGCCGUCGCUGACUUCUAUUCCGCAGAAGACGGGGACGCACAUCCUCGCCAGGAAGAGCUCGAGGAUUUGGAGGACGAGGCCAAUCUUCCCAAUGUGGCGGUUGAAGCAGACAUCGCCCCAGCCGCUGCUGAACCUGACGGAGAGAACAUGGCGGCGGAAGAGGACCGGCCACUUCGGCAAGAGGAUGUGCAACUUGAGGCCCACCCUGAGGCCCAAGCUGAGGCUCCAGAAUGUCAGCCGCAGUACGACGCCAGCCGUGAUGACUUGCCGAUUUUCGACGCAGGGUGCUCUCAUUUCAAGAAGCGAAGUGACGAGACAGACGUCGGGCGAUUGCACUGGAUGCGUGACACCAUCAUAAAAGCCACCUGUAAACAACACAGGAACUGCGCCUGCAUGGUGGAAAUGCCACCAGAAAGGUCAGCGCGAAUGCACGCGGUCAUGGCACGCCUUGGCCGUAGGCCCCUCCUGGAAGACAUUGAAGGUGACCUAAUUGCAUGGCUGGCCCUUGUGUCCACGGUCACUCGGGAACAGCACCAGACGGCCGCCCGGAACUUGAAAGUGCAGAGGUGGAACGUCAAGGUGAGGCAGCAGAGGUAG